UGGAUGCAAAGAGGCUUCUAGCAUUGAGAGAGCAAUCCCAGGACGGCUUCAGGAAAACACCGCUAAAUCUUUAGUUAUUUAGGUUAAUGUUAUGGCAGUCAGGAUCUUUUAACAGUCACAGUAAAGUUGGUAUACACUUGUUACCUUACACAUAGUGUAAUAUUCUAGAUAGACCCAAGAUGAACAAUUCUCCAAACACGUUUCUUGAUACAGCUCCCAUUAGUCCAUCACGUUUCCAGGUAAAUGUAGUUGGUGAAGGGUAUGACAAUCCCGCUUGUGAAGACAAAGAUCCACCAGAUUAUGAGGAGACAUCCUUUGCUGAUGACAAUAGAUUGAGUUACAGGCCUGGUAAUAGGGAGAUAUUUAACAAUGUUCUACACAAUGGAGAUACUAUAAAGACAGAAGGAAGUUUUCAUCCUUAUGACACCCAUGGUCAUGCUUAUUAUAUGAAAACUUUUGGACACAAUACAGUGGAUGCUGUUCCAAAGAUUGAUUAUUACAGAAAUACUGGAAGCAUCUCAGGAAUCAAGCUAUGCAGACCAAGUCUGGCAGAUAUCCACGAGCAGCUGUCAAAGAAUGUGGUAGAGGUCCCUGGAUCAGUCACCAAUGGAGAAGGGAUUCCAGAUGAUGAAGAAGCAAACAAGGAGGAAGGUGAAAAGGGCGGAUUCGUAAAAUUUGGAUGGAUAAAGGGGGUCCUGGUCAGAUGCAUGCUAAAUAUAUGGGGUGUGAUGCUUUUCAUUCGGCUCUCUUGGAUUGUAGGACAAGCUGGGAUCGGUCUUGGUGUCAUUAUCAUCGGGUUAGCUGUGACAGUAACUGCUAUAACUGGCCUGUCCACCUCUGCAAUUGCCACAAAUGGAUUUGUAAGAGGAGGUGGAGCGUACUAUCUUAUAUCGAGAAGUUUGGGGCCCGAGUUUGGUGGAUCCAUAGGACUGAUUUUCGCUUUCGCUAAUGCUGUUGCUGUUGCUAUGUAUGUGGUUGGAUUUUCUGAAACUGUUGUGGAAAUUCUUAAGGACAGUAAUGCGAUCAUGAUUGACGAAUUCAAUGACAUAAGAAUAAUAGGUACCAUAACAGUCAUCUUGCUUCUUGGCAUAUCUGUUGCUGGUAUGGAGUGGGAAGCUAAGGCUCAGGUUAUGCUAUUAAUUAUCCUACUCAUUGCAAUUGUAAACUUCUUCAUUGGGACUGUGAUUCCAACCACCAAGGAGAAGAAGUCACAGGGAUUCUUUAAUUACCAGGCAUCAAUAUUUGCUGAAAACUUUGGACCAGAUUUCAGGAAUGGAGAAGGAUUUUUUUCAGUAUUUGCUAUUUUCUUCCCCGCUGCUACUGGAAUUCUUGCUGGAGCAAACAUAUCUGGCGAUUUAGAGGAUCCUCAAAGUGCCAUCCCAAAAGGAACAAUGUUGGCUAUUCUGGUCACAACAAUUGCCUACCUGGGAGUUGCUAUUUGUGCAGCGGCCUCUGUAGUGCGGGAUGCCACUGGGAAUAUCAAUGACACCAUCACCUCAGCAUUUAACUGCAAUGGCUCAGCGGCCUGUAGCCUUGGCUAUGAUUUUUCCAUAUGUGAAAUAAAAACAUGUAACUAUGGCUUGAUGAAUAACUUUCAAGUUAUGAGCAUGGUGUCUGGGUUUGGACCUCUGAUUAUUGCUGGCAUCUUCUCUGCUACACUUUCUUCAGCUUUGGCAUCACUUGUCAGUGCACCCAAAGUAUUUCAGGCUCUCUGCAAGGAUAACAUAUACAGUGGACUUCAUUUCUUUGCCAAGGGACAUGGAAAGAACAAUGAGCCAAUCAGAGGAUACGUCCUAACUUUUAUAAUUGCACUUGCAUUUAUUCUGAUUGCUGAACUGAAUACUAUUGCGCCCAUCAUUUCUAACUUCUUCCUGGCUUCUUAUGCCUUGAUCAACUUCUCCUGCUUUCAUGCAUCAUAUGCAAAAUCCCCAGGCUGGAGACCUGCUUUCAAGUAUUACAAUAUGUGGGUGUCCUUGUUUGGAGCUAUGCUGUGCUGUGGUGUGAUGUUCGUCAUCAACUGGUGGGCUGCUCUCAUCACUUAUGCCAUUGAGCUUUUCUUGUACAUCUAUGUGACUUACAAGAAACCAGAUGUAAAUUGGGGAUCAUCAACCCAGGCUCUUCAAUUCACAAAUGCCUUGAACAGUGCAUUGGGCUUAAACGCCAUUGAAGAACAUGUGAAGAACUUCAGACCUCAAUGCAUUGUUUUAACUGGAGGGCCAAUGACAAGACCAGCUCUUCUUGAUAUAACUCACUCAUUUACAAAGAAUGCUGGGCUGUGCUUAUGCUGUGAAGUGUUUUCGGGGCCGCGCAAGCAGGCUGUAAAAGAAAUGAACAGUGGGAUGAUCAAGAAGCAGACAUGGUUAACAAAUAACAAAAGAAAAGCAUUUUAUGCAGGAGUUGCUGCUGACAAUUUUAGAGACGGCGUAAGAACUCUCCUACAGGCUGCUGGAUUAGGAAGAAUUAAACCAAAUACCCUGGUGAUGGGAUUUAAGAAGGACUGGAGGCAAGCAAACCCUGAGGAUCUUGCCAACUAUGUGGGCAUUUUGCAUGAUGCUUUUGAUUUUGAAUAUGGAGUGGUUAUUGUAAGAAUCAACCAAGGCUUUGAUCUCUCUCAGGUUCUUCAGGUUAAAGAGGAACUUGACAGACUGGAGCAAGAGAGACUGGCUUUAGAACGGACCAUUAAAGAAAAUGAAUUUAAAGAGGGGAAUCGUGGAAUCCGACGUUUCUUCAACAAAUCCUCCAAGCUGAAUAUUACCCAGCAUUCUUCAACUAAAGAUGUCAGUACACCUCCACCCAUGCAUGUGGGCGAGUACAAUCAGAGGCUGGUUGAAGCUAGUGAGCAGUUUAAAAAGAAGCAAGGAAAGGGUAUGAUUGAUGUCUGGUGGCUGUUUGAUGAUGGAGGACUGACUCUCCUUAUUCCACACAUUUUGACCCUUAAAAAGAAAUGGAAAGAUUGCAAAUUAAGGAUUUUUAUAGGAGGAAAAGUGAAUCGUCUUGAAGAUGAAAAGCUCAUGAUGGCAUCACUUUUAAGCAAAUUUCGAAUUAAAUUUGCAGAUAUUUACAUUGUCGGAGACAUUAACGCAAAGCCAAGCAAAGAAAGCUGGAAAUUCUUUGAAGAAAUGAUUGAACCAUAUUGUCUCCAUGAGAACUCUACAGAUGUGUCAACUGCAGAGAAAAUAAGAAGAGAAAAUCCAUGGAAAAUAACUGACUCUGAAAUGGAGAUGUAUAAGGAAAAGAGUUACCGCCAAGUCAGACUGAAUGAACUAUUACAAGAACAUUCCAGAUCUGCCAAUCUCAUUGUCCUGAGUCUUCCUGUGGCAAGAAAAGGAUCCGUCUCAGACCACCUUUACAUGGCAUGGGUAGAAAUUCUUUCAAAGAACCUUCCACCUGUCUUGCUGGUUCGAGGAAAUCACAAGAAUGUACUAACAUUUUAUUCAUAAUUCUCAGAAUUCACUGCCUUUUUGUCUCAGCAUUAAGAUUUCUAAAAAAAAAAACAAAAAUAAAAAAGGACAGAAGAACUGAACUUACAUUAUAAAAGGUGCACAAAUAUAUAUAUAUUAUAAUGUUGAUAAUAAUAAUGGUCUCUGGGACAACACGUUCUUGUAAAUUGAAUAUAAAUAAUAUUAUAAUCAGUGCACUAGUCAGGCAUGCAAUCAGAUUAGCUGUACCUUGAACCAUUCAUAUUUGCUUGCCUUGGCACAGGCCAAAAAACAACAGCACCAAACUGCUCAAAAUCAGAUUCCCAGUACUCCUGAUGUCUAUAGGACACACACCUGCCAAGCCAAGCAAUAUAACAACUCCCACAUAAACAGAAAUACAACUAGAAUAUAGAAUGCAUAUGCUCAUAUAAUAAACUGCAACUUCAAACCCAUCAAAGACAGAGAGGCAAAAGGUUUCUCACCUUAGUGUUUCUCAAUGCAUAUUUACCAGGCACUUUGUUUCUUAAAAUCCAAUGAGAUGGGUUUUUUGUAUCAACAUAAGGAAUUUUUUAAUAUAUGCAAAAAAGACACUGAAAUUCUAGCUGGAAUAUGGGUGAGAAUAACGUAAAUAAAAAAAAUCUAUAUACAAUAGCUAAUUAAAUACUAUAUGUAUUACCUAUAUGAGAUCUGCACAAAUACAUUGUUAUAGGAAAUGUGAAUUGUGGUUCUAAACCUGGAUUUUAUUUUGCAUUGUUUGCUCUAAUGUCAGUGUUUGUUGAUUAAAAGUAAUGUCAAUGUCUGUGUAAAGACGAAUAAAUAUAUUUAAUUGUA